AGUUUUUCCUGGAACACUUGCUCUAACUACUAUGGACUAUGAUGAGAAGAUGGCCGACAAGACAACAAAAGAAUUUCAAGAAACCUCAAAGAUCAUUACUGAUGAAAUUAAUGAAAUUUUUAUAGACAAAAACUCAUUGGGAUCUACAGUGGUGGCACUCCGGAAAUUCCAAAGCAGUAAAGUUAGCUCAAAGUCAAGUGACAAAGUUGAAGCAUCUGUAGAAAUCAUCUUCCAGGCAAAUGCUGGAGUUAAAGAAGCGACAGUUAAAGAGACGUUUGAAAAGGCCAAAGAAACCCCAGGCUCUUUGUUCCAAGGGUCAACAUUUAUUGCCAAAAAUUUGUGCGAUAGUGAUCCUUGUGAGAAAAUCACCACACAUUGCACAUCUGAAGACGGCUCUUUCACCUGCUCCUGCUCCAAGGGCUACUUUCCAACAGGUUAUAGUGACAGAAUGUGUGUGGCGUGUCCCAGCGGGGAGAGAGAAGAGGAUUCAAAAUGUGUUCC